AUGAGUUCCGUCCCCACUCGUGACGAUAUCCUCGUCCCUGAGACUCUCCUCAAGAAGAGGAAGAGCCAGGAGAAGGCCCGCGCCGAGCGUGCUGCCGAGACCGAGCAGCAGAAGAAGGCCAACAAGGAGAAGCGUGCCCAGAUCUUCAAGCGUGCUGAGAAGUACGUUCAGGAGUACCGCCAGGCUGAGCAGGAUAAGCUCCGCCUCGCCCGUGUCGCCAAGGAUGGCGAUGCUGCCUACAUUCCUGCUGAGGCCAAGCUCAUCUUCGUCAUCCGUAUCAAGGGGUCCCCCAAGCCCCGCAAGAUUCUACAGCUUCUCCGUCUCCUCCAGAUCAACAACGGUGUCUUCAUCCGUGUCACCAAGGCUACUUCGGAGAUGAUCAAGCUUGUUGAGCCCUGGGUUGCCUACGGUUACCCUAACCUCAAGACCGUCAAGGACCUCGUCUACAAGCGUGGUUACGGAAAGGUCAACAAGCAGCGCAUCCCUCUUACCGACAACUCCAUCAUUGAGGAGAGCCUCGGCAAGUUCGGCAUUGUCUGCGUUGAGGAUCUUAUCCACGAGAUCUACACUGUCGGCCCCAACUUCAAGCAGGCCUCCAACUUCCUCUGGCCCUUCAAGCUCAGCAACCCCACUGGUGGCUUCAGGACCCGCAAGUUCAAGCACUGGAUCGAGGGUGGUGACCUUGGUAACCGUGAGGAGAAGAUCAACGCUCUUGUCCGCCAGAUGAACUAG